UUGACCUAAUUAACAUUUAUUUUGGAGGUUUGUUUUGCAAAAUCCUGUUUCUUUGUGACACACCCCCACACAGCUGGUAUAAAUAAACAGUGCAAACCUAGUUUUGGUUAGAGUUUGCCACCGACAAGCUACCACAACAACAAAUCAAAAUGUUCAAACUUUUCGUUUUCUUUGCCGCCCUUUUGGCUUUCGCCCUUGCUGCCCCUAAAGCCGCUCCUCAAUUCCUAUAUGGAGGAUACACCGGUUUGGGUUACGGUUACGGCGGAUAUGCAGCCCCAGUAGCUUAUGGCGCUUAUGGCCACUAUGGAGGCUUGUAUUAUUGAUUGUGCAAAAUUCAGACUGAGCUAAUAAAUUGUUAUUAAAGAUAA